CGGAGUGCGAACGAACAGUGCUGCCCUAUAUCAGCUGUGCGUAGCGUGGCAACUCUCCUUCACGUAGCCUCCACCACAAUUCAACUUUCUCUCCAUUCACAAUGCAUAUCUCUCAGAUGCUGGAGCAGUCGCGGAGGAAGAACAAGGCGACAUUCUCGUUCGAGUUCUUCCCUCCGAAGACAGCUCAGGGUGUGCAAAAUUUGUACGACCGUAUGGACCGCAUGCACAGCUUCGGGCCCGCCUUCAUUGACAUCACCUGGGGCGCUGGCGGCCGCAUGGCACGCCUUACAAGCGAUAUGGUCAAGGUCGCCCAAUCUGCGUACGGGCUCGAGACAUGCAUGCACCUUACAUGCACGGACAUGGAAAAAUCGAAGAUUGACGAGGCACUGAAGGAAGCAUACAAGGCGGGUUGCACAAACAUCCUGGCUCUGCGAGGAGACCCUCCUCGGGAGAAGGAGAAGUGGGAGGCCACAGCUGGCGGUUUCCGCUACGCAAAGGACCUCGUCAAGUACAUUCGUGACACCUAUGGCAACCACUUCGAUAUCGGAGUCGCAGGGUACUCUGAAGGAUGUGAAGACCAAGACGACCAUGAGCUUCUCCUGGACCAUUUGAAGGAGAAGGUUGACGCCGGCGCUACCUUCAUCGUCACGCAGAUGUUCUAUGACGUCGAUAUCUUCCUUGACUGGGUCGACAAGGUUCGAGCGAAAGGUGUGACCAUCCCUAUCAUCCCCGGUAUCAUGCCAAUCCAUACCCAUGCUGCUUUCAUGAGGCGAGCCACAUGGACAAAAUGCAACAUCCCGACCGCAUGGACCAAGGCACUGGAGCCAAUUAAGAACGAUGACGCUCAAGUACGAGAGGUCGGAAAGACUCUUAUUGCAGAGAUGUGUCGCCGGCUUCUCGAAGCGGGCAUUCUACAUCUCCACUUCUACACUAUGAACCUCGCCCAAACCACUCGUAUGGUCCUAGAGGAGUUGGACUUGAUGCCCGACAUGGAAUCCCCAAUCGAAAAGCCUCUACCAUGGCGGCCAUCGCUUGGACUCAACCGCCGAGAGGAAAAUGUGCGCCCCAUCUUCUGGCGAAACAGGAACAGGUCCUACGUCGCUAGAACCCAGGACUGGGACGAAUUCCCCAACGGUCGCUGGGGUGACGCUCGUUCUCCCGCGUUCGGUGAACUGGAUGCGUACGGUGUCGGUCUCAAAGGUACCAAUGAACAGAACAUCAAGCUCUGGGGAAGCCCCACCUCGGUCAAGGACAUUGCGAACCUCUUUGUUCGCUACAUGAGCGGGAAGCUCGACAGUUUACCCUGGAGCGAAGCCCCCAUCUCGAAGGAAGCUGAGAGCAUUCAAGACGACCUUGUCAAUCUCAACACCCGAGGCUUCCUUACCAUCAACUCCCAGCCUGCUGCGGAUGGAGUCAAAUCGUCCGACCCUGUUCUUGGAUGGGGCCCUCACAAUGGAUACGUCUACCAGAAGGCCUACCUCGAGGUCUUUGUCUCGCCGGAGUACAUUGCAGAGGUGAUCACCAGAAUCGAACGAGAUCCUGAUAUCACGUACUACGCUGUCAACAAGUCUGGUGACCUCAAAACGAAUGCACCUGGAGAUGGACCAAAUGCUGUGACUUGGGGUGUAUUCCCCGGUAAAGAGAUCGUGCAACCUACCAUUGUCGAGACCGUCAGCUUCCUCGCCUGGAAGGAUGAAUUCUUCAGACUUGGUCAAGAUUGGGCAAAUUGCUACAGUUCCGUCAGCCCGUCCCGUUACGUUGUCGAAGACCUCAUGGAUACAUGGUAUCUUGUCAACAUCGUCCACAAUGAUUUCCACGUUCCGCACGGUAUCUUCCCUCUGUUCAACGGACUUGAAGUUGAAGACAUGGAAAAGCCUCUUCAUUCGACUGGGAUCGUAAAUGGAGACGAAAAGCCCACCGAGUCAUCAAAGCCUACUACGAAUGGCGCAGCUGCUCAUACUAACGGCGUCAAUGGUCAUGAACAAAAAAAUUAGUACCAUCUCGAAGAUCGUGUGUCAAUCUCUUCUCAAGACAUUCAACAUCUCUGUUAGUCUACCUUAAUAU